AUGUUUCUAACAUGGUUCUCAGAUAGCCCCCCCAGCAGCUUUUUCGUGCUGCGCUGCUUCCUCUCCAGUGCGGCAUUCGUCGAUCUGUGCCGCAACGUCUACUUCUCCGUUGACGAUUACUCCACCACUGAUUUCAUCAUUGUAAACUCGGGCUUGUACUAUUUAUUCACAGAAUACUUCUGCCCCGUCGAUAACGUCCACCUUCAAAAACAGUACCUUUCUUGGGGCGCCCUCUGCAGAAAUGCUCUCGCAGCGGCGGUCACGUCUCUUGGGGCGGGACUGUCAGCCCGAGUAGAGAAUGUCCAGGCUCUGAUCCUUGGGGCUGCACAUGCCAUUGAAAUGGCAAAACCUUGGCUGGCUUGGAGAUUGAUCUGCUUCGCGGCACAACUUUGCGUUGCUGCGGGUUUUCACGACGAGAGCCUCACCAUGGGUGCGGACAAAACUCGCGACGUAAAAGCGCUUCUCUUCUGGCACGUUUUCGCUUUAGAGAAAACACUUGCCUUGCGCGUGGGCAGGGCUUCCCUCAUCCGAGACUGCGAUAUUAACCUGUCCAAGGACAUAGGCUCACUCUCUCUGCCGCCGCUAUGGGACAAGAUGGUUCCCUUCUGGGUGGCCAAUGCCUUGAUACAUGGCAAGCUUUAUGAACUACUAUACAGUCGAGCUGCACAGUCGCUUUCGCAAGAUGAGCUUGUCAGUCGCGCCGACCAGCUCCUUGUAGAUUUGCAACCCAUCGAGCCAUUCAGUGGAAUCAACUCUAUGAACUCGACAACGACGCCGUUGUCUAGGCUUGAAGAUGUUCUUACAGUAUCGCGGAAGGUCAUGUAUUACACCACGGCGACGUUGAUCUGUAGGGCAAAGACCAUCCAUGCGUCGACACCCUCAUUUUCCACCGACUGUUUGGAGAACGCACGGCGGGCUUUCGAUUCUCACCAUGAGUGUGUUCCCAUGAUUAAUGACGACCGGCACAUCAUGAAUGUCUAUCUGCACUGGAGAGUGUUGCAAACUCCAUUCAUCCCGGUCAUUGUGAUCUUCUGCAACAUAAUUGAGACACAAGACGAUGAUGACGCACAGCGGCUCAAGAACUUUGUUUCUAGUCUCGAAAGGGGAGCUCAUCUAUCGCCAUCUGCUCGAGAGUUCUAUCAGAUGUGCGAAGAUCUGAACAGAAUCGCCCAAAAGCACAUGGAGACAAGGACCGCCCCGCAAUGGACUCCUGCUCCAUCACUAUCUAUCUUUGGCCUCAACCAGUACUUUGCAGCAAAUGGGCUUCCCAACCCAGAGAGCUACCGACAGAUUUCUGAUUUGUCCAACCAAGAUAUUGAGAUGAUGCUCGGUAGCCAGGAUGUCAUGGGCUUCUUCUGA